AUGAAUGCAGGUUAAAUGAAGCAUUUGCUAUUGACCACUAAUAUUUAUCUCCUUUAAACAUGAAUGUGCUAUCUUUUGACUGAUCCAACAACUGUGAACAGACUGUGAUCAUUUAUAGUUAUGCAUAUAUAUCUGCCCACAAUGUGUGCUUUAGGCUUGUGGUUAAUAAAUGUUAACAAAAAACAAGACAGUUACAAACCCGUACAAUAAACGACGUAGUAUUUGUUGUUGAUUCCUAUAUUCCGAUAGUUUCGAGUAGCUAUCUGGCUAAUUAUAAUUCCUUAAGUGUGUCAUAUAGUUAUGUUAAAGUUACACUCUUUUAAAUAAAUCUUUCCUUUACUUGUGUGUGUGUGUGCGCACACUGACUUACAGCUUCUAGUGAGCUGUGAAAAUUUUCAGCUUGAAGAAACAUCAGGGAUCCAAGCAAUAAAGGCUGCACACUGGGCGGGGCACUCAGGUUUGUUGAUUGACAGAGUCGCUCAGCUCUCAGCCAAACAGGACCCGCCUUCUGAUUCAUGGUCGACUGACGAGCCACUCCAUUCAUUACUUCACAGCCUUUCGUGAUCGUUGGGUCGGCGAGUUUUCGAAAGGACACGCUGUUAUCCAGCCUAACCUUCUGAUUUAGGAUUUGGCUCAAAGUUUGAGAAAUAGAUCCCUCAAUUAAUAAAAUGGAGACAGAAAAACAAGCAUCUUUGGAGAAAAAUCAGCAAACGGAUUCGCAGGCUUUUCCUCUCCACAAAAACGCGGAAACUAAAGAUUCCCAAAAUGGUGACGACAGAGAAAUGAGAAUCAUCAUUAUUGGUGCCUCUAAAAGUGGGAAAAGCACAGCCAAAGAUGUUUUGCUUGGUGAGGAAUGCAUUAAACAAAGAGCACCAGCUAGUCAAUCAAGUUCCACAACUACCACGGCAGAGAUGGCUGAGGUGGAAAAAGGAGAUAUGUAUCUUAAGGUUCUCGAUACGCCUGAUAUCGGCUGUCCAGAAUUAAGGGACGAGAAAAAAGCGAAAGAAGAAAUCAAAAAGUGGAAGGUAAUGUGUCCUGAUCCACAUCUGAUUUUGCUGGCCAUUCGCUGUGACACACGUGACCUAGUGUCUGAUGUGUCGAAAUUCCAGAGAUUUAGAAUGCUAUGGGGAGACAAUCUGAGAAGACGUUUUUCGGUGCUCUUCACAUUUGGAGACAAGUUGCAGGAAAGUGUCGACGAGUUUCUAUCCCGGUCUCAUUCAGCCUUACAGGAUGUCAUGGACUGCGCUGGACAUCACUACAUCAUCUUCAACAGUUUACUAAGUACAAGUGAACAGAAAGGUCGUGCUCAGCAGGUGUUUCAAAUAGUCAAGGACUUCAGAAAUGUGUUUAAUGUGUUGAUAAUCGGCAAGACAGGAAACGGUAAAAGUUCCAUAGGUAACUCCCUUCUGAGAACACCUGCCUUCAGUGUCUCUCGUGGGAUGUCAUCAUUCACCAAACACACCGUGACACAGUCAGCUCAGAUAAACGACAUGAUCGUCAAAGUAACAGACACACCUGAUGUCAGCAACAUUAGUACUGACGAGAAGGCUGCAGGUGAGGAAAUAAAAAAAUGGUGUUAUUUUCAUCCUGACGCUGUUUUGUUGGCAAUUCGUUAUGACAUCCGCUAUACCCCAGAGGAAUACCAGAUAUACCAGCAGAUUAAGAAAGCCUUAGGAGAACAAUAUCUGAGAUCAAGGCUAACAGUAGCCUUUACCUUUGGUGAUCGUCAAGACAAAGAUAUCAACGAGGAGCUGAAAACAGUUUGCACAGAGCUGAAAGAUAUUCUUAAAGAUGCGGAUCACAGAUGCAUCAUGUUCAGCAACAAAGCACAAAAGGUUUCAGAACACAACAAGAAAGACCCUCUUACCCAACUUAUGAACUGUGCACUUAGUCAUGAUAGCUUUUAUUCAUUUCCAGAAGACCCUUGUGAAAAUACUCCAACACAGUUACAGUCUUGUCGUGCUGCUGAUGUGGAAACACAGCCAAUGCCUGCUCGCAACAUCCGACAGCUUAAAGUACUGAUCAUCGGCAAAACUGGAAACGGAAAAAGCAGCUUGGGAAACAUACUCCUGAACAACACUUCCGCCUUCAGAGUCUCACGUGGGUUGAAUUCCUCCACAACAUUCGCUGUCACGAAUUCUGCUGAAGUACAUGGAGUGACGGUCACAGUAAUGGACACACCUGACAUCAGCAACCUUGGUGUCGACGAGAAGGCUGCAGAGGAAGAAAUCAAGAAAUGGUGUUUCUUUCAUCCUGACUUCAUUUUGUUGGCCAUUCGAUGUGACGUCCGCUAUACUGCUGAGGAACACCAGAUAUACCAGCAGAUUAAGAAAGUCUUAGGGGAAGAACAUCUUACAUCAAAGUUAACGAUAGCAUUCACCUUUGGUGAUCGUCAAGACAAAGAUAUCAACGAGGAGCUGAAAACAGUUUGCCCAGAGCUGAAAGAUGUUCUUAAAGAUGCGGAUAACCGAUACAUUAUGUUCAGCAACAAAGCACAAAAGGUUUCAGAACACAACAAGAAAGACCCUCUUACCCAACUUAUGAACUGUGCACUUAGUCAUGCUGAGAGAAUGCGUGGUUGUGAAGUCGACAGUUCACUCAGUGCAGGUGAUCAAUUGCACGCUGAUGUUACUAAACUCAAUAGCUUUUAUUCAUUUCCAGAAGACCCUUGUGAAAACACUCCAACACAGUUACAGUCUUGUCGUGCUGCUGAUGUGGAAACACAGCCAAUGCCUGCUCGCAACACCCGACAGCUUAAAGUACUGAUCAUCGGCAAAACUGGAAACGGAAAAAGCAGCUUGGGAAACAUACUCCUGAACAACACUUCCGCCUUCAGAGUCUCACGUGGGUUGAAUUCCUCCACAACAUUCGCUGUCACGAAUUCUGCUGAAGUACAUGGAGUGACGGUCACAGUAAUGGACACACCUGACAUCAGCAACCUUGGUGUCGACGAGAAGGCUGCAGAGGAAGAAAUCAAGAAAUGGUGUUCCUUUCAUCCUGACUUCAUUUUGUUGGCCAUUCGAUGUGACGUCCGCUAUACUGCUGAGGAACACCAGAUAUACCAGCAGAUUAAGAAAGUCUUAGGGGAAGAACAUCUUACAUCAAAGUUAACGAUAGCAUUCACCUUUGGUGAUCGUCAAGACAAAGAUAUCAACGAGGAGCUGAAAACAGUUUGCCCAGAGCUGAAAGAUGUUCUUAAAGAUGCGGAUAACCGAUACAUUAUGUUCAGCAACAAAGCACAAAAGGUUUCAGAACACAACAAGAAAGACCCUCUUACCCAACUUAUGAACUGUGCACUUAGUCAUGAAUCACAGGAUCCUGUCGCAGUCAAAAAAAGACGAAAAGAAUGUGAUGCAGCUGACAGUGAUGAUGUCCUUGCUCAUCCUGUGAUGCCAGUCUCUUGUAAUGGCGCUGACACAAACGCCGCCCUGCACCAAUGUGAGGAAAUCAGAAUCAUCAUCAUUGGUGCUUCUGGAAGUGGCAAAAGUACAGCUGCAAAUGUUCUCAUUGGAGAAGACAUGUUUCAAAUGUAUUCAAUUAAUAAUCCAGUCUCACCAGCGACAUGUCAGCUCAAACAGACACAAUCACAGCACCCACGUAUGAAGGUUCUUGAUACGCCCGAUCUCGACUGUCAAGAAUUAAAGAACGAGAAGAAAGCAAAGGAGGAAAUCCAGAAGUGGAAGGCGAUGUGUCCCAAUCCUCACCUGAUUUUACUGGCCAUUCGCUGUGACACACGUGACCUAGUGUCUGAUGUGUUGAGAUUCCAGAGAUUCGUAGAACUAUGGGAAGACAAUCUCAAAAGACGUCUAGUGGUUCUGUUUACAUUUGGAGACAGACUGAAGAAAAGUAUCGAAGAGUUUAUGGUAAGUUCCUCUUCUGCCCUUCAUCAGGUCAUGGACUGCGCUGGACAUCGCUACGUCAUCUUCGACAGGUCACUGAGUGCAAGUGAACAGAGAGAUCGUGCUGACCAGGUGUUCAACAUUGUGAAUGAACUCAAAAACGGGUUUCAUGUGAUGAUCAUUGGCAAGACAGGAAACGGUAAAAGCACCGUGGGUAACUCCCUCCUAGACACAGCCGCCUUCAGAGUCACGCGUGGGUUGGCAACAUCCACCACGCAGACCGUGACAGCCUCAGCUCAAAAAGAUGGCUUGACGAUCACAGUAGCAGACACCCCUGACGUCAGCAACCUUGGUGUCGAGCGGAUAACUGCCGAGCAAGAAAUCAAGAAAUGGUAUCUCUUUCAUCCAGACAUCAUUUUGUUGGCCGUUCGAUGUGACGUCCGCUACACCGCCGAGGAACACCAGAUAUACCAACAGAUUAAGAAAGUCUUGGGGGAAGACUAUCUCAGGUCUAGGCUCAUAGUAGCCUUCACCUUUGGUGAUCGUCAAGACAGAGAUAUCAAUGAGGAGCUGAAAACGGUUUGCACUGAGCUGAAAAAUGUUCUUAAAGAUGCAGGUCAACGCUACAUCCUCUUCAACAAAGAAGACAAAGCAGACAAAAGACAUGAACAUUUUAUGCGUCUUAAAAAGUUUGUCUUUGAUGAUGAAAUUCCUUCUGAAGGUAACACUAGGCGCCCUAAACGUGCACAAGAGUCCGAUCGUAAGGCCACAACAGGCAAGGAAGCGAAGCUGCCCAUCAAAGGAGCCUCAGAGACUGUCCAUAAUAUACAGUUACAGCUGCCUGGAAGGGUGUCAAGAAUGGAACCUUAUAAGGAUGUGAAAAGUUCUGAAAGAUUUUCAGCCUUCCACUGUGAGCUUCUGUGAAAUUGUGAAAUUUAAAAGACAAUUUUAUUGUUUAAAUAUUUACAUUGUACUGUGUUGCGUACAUACAUUGUGUACAUACAUUGUGCACAUAUAUGUAAAUGAGCCAUAUUAAGAUAUUCUUACAUGUAGUAAGCCGUUUUGGGGCAUUUUCUGGAUAUAUAUAUAUUCAGCAAUGUUAAGGUACCUUUUAAUAAGUUUAUUGACACAUUCAAUUGUGUUUAGGUUAGAUCUUUUAAACUUUUUUUAUAGGGAUAUAACCACUUAUGUAAUUCAACUGUUUAGAAUAAUCAUAGUAAUCAUUAAAAUUAAAUAAUUUAGUAUAUUAAUAACGAUACUCACAGUAAUAUGCCCUGAUAUAUAUAUAUGUAUCAUGCUUAUUCUCUUUCAGGCAACAUAAUGACAUGAUCUUAUAUUUGACUAUAGUAUUAAACAUCUUUAUUAUCUACUUUGGUUCGAAGAAAAACAAAAAUUUUCCCUUGUUGGGAGAUCUAAUAGGUAACAAGUAAUAACUGAACACUCACAUCCAUACAAUUACAACACUCAUAUUUGAGCCCUCUCCCUGCAAUGAUUAUCAGAGGUGCGUGUUCACAUUAGGCAAAUCUGUUAGUUCUGUUCAAGAAUGACAUUGCAGUUGGUAUGAAGGACUUGACAAAAACACUCUUCUUAGAGACCAGUUGUUUCCAUCCACCUCCAGAGGGUAGCAUUUGGAAAUGGUGAUGUAGUUUGUGAGAGGGAGUUUCUGAUUUUCCUAACAACUUUAAACUUUACAGUCCUGUUGUAUAAAUCACUUAGUGGUCUGUGAUAAUACUGACAGCUUUUAACCUCACACCACUGGUCUAUAGGUCACUUAGUGGUCUUUGUAGAAAGCUAACAAUGCUGGCAAAUCUUGACCACCCUUAUCAAGCAAGCUUUAUCUUUGAUGGUAGAAUGAUAAAGCAAACUAAAUGUUUAAAUGCAGAUUAAAUGUGAGAAUGUUUUCGAUACACCAAUUAAAGUACAUGGCUACUGACAUCAAAAUUGCAAGCACUAAUGUACUUUCCUGGAAAUGAUGUUAGUGUUUUCCUGGAAGGAUAGUUUGCUGUACAACAAUAUGCAAAGGUAUUUAAAGCUUUGCACCUGUUCUACCGUCUUGUUGCCAAAAGCCAAAGAUGCAUGGACAGGUUGAUGCUUACUCUUAUCAAGGACGAAUUGUUUUAGUUUUAACUUUUAAUUCACCAAUUAACCUUUAACUGUGCUCAAAAAAUGCAUCUACAUGGAGAUCUUUAAGUAUGAAUAGAUGGAACAUGUACAAUAUGUUGCCAUACAAAUCUUGUAUUAUAUAAUGCAUAACCAUUGCAUAAAUACAUGUAGUUGUUCCUUACAGCAUUUUUAUUUGUUUUGGCUUUGUUUGAUAUUUUCAGAUGUUAUGAGACAUCUUCAUGGUUUAGCGAUCAAAUUUGCUAAGCUAUUUAAAGUCAUUUUGCCUGAGCAAAUAAAAUACUUCUUAACGAUAGAUGACUAUUUAUAUACUUUAAACAUAGUCUUUGUAAUUGUACUUACAAUAAAUGAUCUUUCUAUCCUUGAGAUUUUCCUACACUAUGAGUCUGCUGACAACAUUAUUUGUUACUGUCUUUAUAAGCUUAAACAACUGACAAGCCGACGAAUUAUAUUUUGGCUUCCUUUCUUAUAUUUAAUAAGCUGUGUGAAAACCACAUGUACACUUGUUAGACAUUUAUUAAUUAAACAUAAUCAUAUACCCUAUUCAACUUUUAGAAUCAGCUGUAGAAAGUAUGCCAGAUCUAUGUGCAUACACAAAGCUAUACUUGAUAUGUUUAUUGGUGAUUUCCGCACUGUUGCUGAGUUAUUUAUUUGUUUAUAUUUAUUUAGAUCAGUUUUUGCUAUAUAUAUAUAUAAAGUUUAAAACAUGGUAUUAAAGCCUUAGUAAAAGUAAGUACAACUGUUAUAAAAAUAAAAUAGACAGAAUAGACAUCUUCAAUUUGAAAAUGCAAUUGACUUUGUCAGCAAAUUAUAUUUUCUACUGAAGCUUAUUUAAAUAUUCAAGAAUGUCAGCAUAUUUUGAGCUUCUGUGAAUGUUUAAAACCAGUGUUUACAGUUGUUUAACUGGUGUUGAUGAUGUUUAAAAGAGUAGUUUUCCUACCUAUGUAUGCAUAACAUAAGUGAAGUUUAAUGUACAUGACAAUUUAUAUAGGCUUCAAAUUGUAUUCCUUUACUGGGACAAAAGAUUUAUGGAAGUUUAAAGAUUCCUUUUUUGUACUUCUGUAAAUGUUUUAAACUAACUUCUGCUUUGUAUUUAGCUCUGAUCAUGGUUUAGAAGGGUAGUCUAAGCUGCAUGCAAAGAAAAUAACACUUUCCUACUUGUGUAUAUACUACAUGAAUAAAGUCAUAUGAGUGACAGCA